AUGGAAAAUUAUAGUUUCUCCUCUGAAGAAAAGUUAAUUCCAGAAGAGGCUUAUUAUUACUGGCCUCAAGGAAGUUAUGUAUACACAGGUGAAGGCAAAAGCCUUGUAAGAUUUAUUUUCUACAAGACGCAAUAUACCUCAUAUGAAAACGAAAUGUUAGCAAAAUUUAAACAAGAAAUAAAAUCAUCAUUUUCUGAGAUUCCUGAAUUUUUCAGAGAUGAAGAACUUCUCAGAAUACUGCUUGGCUGCAAGUUUGAUAUUAAAAAGUCAAUAAGAUCUUUGAAAAAUUCCAUUGAGUGACGAGCAAUAAAUUUAACUGACAGUUUUCGGUCACUUUAUCCAAAAUGCUCUCGCCUUUUGAAUUCUGGAGCAAUUUAUAUACAUGGACGGGAUCACAGGUACCGCCCAAUAAUCGUGAUAAAUGCUAGUAAAUUUGAUAUGAAAAAAUAUUCUAUUGACGAAUUUACUGCGCUGCUUUGCUUCAAUCUUGAGUUUGCUAUCCAAAAGUUGACGAUUCCUGGACAAAUUGAAAAUUGGAUCAUUAUUACUGACUUGUGUAACCAGCCACUAAAAAAUCUGCCGAUAAGUGAAUUAAGAAGAAUCAUAAAGGUCCUUCAAGAUAAUUUUCGAUGCAGAAUGAUCGUCAAUUAUGUGGUUAAUGCAUAUACAUAAAAAUGGCGACGACGUGCCAACCGACCUCUCGACCCUAUUUCCUCAACACCUCAACGGCCCAGUGUUAGGGAUUUAGGUGGAAAUUGUCGGAAACCCUUUGUGUAUGUCGGGCUAGGUUUUACUCGAGCCCUACGGAGCUAAUCCGUGGGACUUGGGUUUUUUACCUCCAGAACAACCAUUGGAAAGGAUAAGACUGGCGAUAGUCCCGAGUGGAGGCUAACUCCCUAGAACAGGACUCAACAGGUGGCAUUUGUCUGACGAGAAACUGGGAGAAGUCAAGAUCUGGUAUGUGCGAAUCCCUUGCUUGAGGCAACAAGGAAAGGUGUCCGCCGAGGCCCACCAUAGGCGAAGAGCGUGAAGGAAUGCAAAUCCCCGGCCCUGCAAGUGCGAACGACUUAACUUAAUCUUAAUGUGGUUAACGCGCCUUCUUCUCUUACAUUUGUAUGGAACAUUGUUAAGGGUUUUAUUGAAUCUCAUACUGUGAAGAAAAUAAGAAUCAAUAAAAAAUCUAACCCUCCUGAAUUGAAGGAGCAUAUUGCUCCAAACCAAUUAGAAGAAAAAUAUGGUGGGAAACUGCCAAAUGCUACAGUAUUUUGGCCUCCCACAUUGCCCCCAGGACCUUUUACAAUUCCUGAGGAACCUCAGAGUGCCCAUUUAAGUGGUAGGACCACAUAUCAUGAAUAUCAUCCUCAAAAGGAAAUCAGCUUCUAUGAUGUACCAGACGAUGAGCCAGCACUUCCCCCGACACCUUCGAUUUCUUUGCCAAUAUUUUGGAAAGACCCAGAACGUGGGAUCAAUAGAAGUGAAUCUGAAAAAAAUAUAAGCGCAGAGUCAAUAAAUCUAAGCUUUCAAAAUGAAAAAAUUGAAAUAAAGCUUGAUAAUCGGUCUGUGCACUCUGAUGGAGGACAAACAAAAGAAAAUACUGAAAUUCAAUCGUUUUCUUCUCCAAAGCCAAAAAGCAAGAAAACUUGUGGGUGCUAUGCUAAAGCUUGUCAAAUCUUUUAA